GACUGCUACUGAGGCAAUUACUUAGUAAAUUAAUUAGUCGGUUGACAGGACGACACCUUCAUUCCGUGUGGCGCCCUCCCUCUCUUGGGGUGCAGUACUACGAUGCCUCUGGGGUCAAUCAAACCUCCAGACCUGAACCUCUACUUUAGUCAAUCCUCUUUAGUCCCACUCCUCUCGGUGGACCGUGCAGAUCUGUCCGUUGUGUCUCUUCUGUCUCGGUCACAAAACAAUUCUUAAUCAUCAUCAUCAAUUGUCAAUUGAACACUUACUAAAAUGGCAUCCAGUGAUUGUGGAACGAAGAAACAAAAAUUGAGCAACUCGUCGAGUUUAGUUUGUAAUGGAACAUCUCUCACCAAUGGUCAUGGAACUAAGACAUUGUCAAUUGUUCAUCCUGAAAUGGGUUUUUAUUGUUUCGAUGUUUUGUAUCAUCAGCUGCAUCAGCUUGAUCCACCAAAAUCACCUGCCUUCAGCAACGAAGCAUUCCCUUUAUUUGUGACAUGGACAAUCGGAAAAGACAUGAGGUUGAGGGGUUGCAUUGGAACGUUUAAUGCAAUGCAAUUGCAUGCAGGACUCAGGGAAUACGCAGCUACGAGUGCUUUUAAGGACUCCCGGUUCAACCCGAUAACUCGAGACGAGCUUCCCCGAUUACACGUAAGUGUCUCGAUUCUUCGGCACUUCGAGGAUGGCGUUGAUUACUUAGACUGGGAAUUGGGAACUCACGGUAUUCUCAUUGAAUUCCACAACGAGAAAGGCAAUAAAAGAACUGCUACGUACCUGCCCGAUGUUGCUGAGGAGCAAGGAUGGGACCAGAUACAGACAAUAGAUUCUCUCCUGCAUAAAGGUGGAUUUAAAGGAAUAGUAACACCAGAAAUUCGUCGUAGUUUGAAAUUAAAACGUUACCAAUGUGAAAAAAUAACAGUGAGCUAUCAGGAGUACAUGACCCACUGGCAGAGCCGCAGGUGCUAGCAAAUGUCCAAUAAAUACUUUGGCAUCGGUGUACGUUACAAUAAUCCAUUAAAUUCAAUUGAAACGAGACUGGACUGUCCUCUCGAUUAUUUUGGCUUAAAUAAUGGGGUGUCAUGCAGGACUGAGUCCAGGGGACUUGAGGGGCAACUUCGUGUAAUUUCAUCACGCGAUUAUCCCUCGCGAGAUUUUUAUGAGUCGAGUCCACCUGAUGAAUAUGCGGAAAUUUCGAAAAGAUUUCAAUGCAAAAAAUGACACUGGCAGCAAUUAUUGUUUACGACCUUUCGUUGGUUCAAGUGGUGCCUAUAUUCUUUACUCAGAAUUCAUGAAUAUUUUGGUGGGAGGAUUCGAGGGUGAUUAAAACGUUUCUAAUUGCUCACGAAAAAAUAUCAAAAUUCAUUGACUCCGCUGAAAAAUCGUAGGACAUUUGAGAAUAUAUUAUCUGCUUCCCAACGGCUUCUGACUGCACGUGAAGUUUAAUGAUUGCAAAUAGCGGAAAUAACUUUCGAUUAAAUAAAGAAAUAAUAAAUAAAAUUCUCUAAUCCACGAUUUUUUUUUCAAUCUUGGAAAGAAUUUUAUUGCGCGUUCUCUUCAUUUUUCGAAUGAAUGUUUUUAGUUGAAAUGUGUUGCUUGUUCACGUGCUAAUUGUCUUAAGACUAAUUAAACCCCUGAAAAAUUCUGUUCAAUUCUUCCCAGGGGAUUAAUGAUUAAUCAUCAAUCAAGAGAAAUCAUAAAAGAAUUUAGCAAUAAAUGAUUUGUGGAUGUUCCUGGAGUCAAUGCCAACGAAUGGAGACAAUUAAUAUAAAUAAAACUCCAUUUUGUACUUCGAGGAUAAAAAUUAGGGCCCAAGGUUCAGUCCAAAUAUUUGUAAGUAAAUAAAAAAAGAAUUUGGAAUGUGGAAUUAAUCAAUUCGAUGGCAUUGACCUCCGGGAAUGGAAUUGUCUGCACGUGAAUUCGAUAAUUUUUGGAAGAAACUAAUUAACAAAAUAGUUCCCUUAAAUGAAAAAAAUGUAUUCAGUAAUAUUUAACAUAGGCGUUUUAAGAUACUAACAAAGCGACGAUCUCAUUGUGAUUAUUUUAUCAUUGUGAUAAUCAAUGAUCAUCA